AUGCUUCAAACUCCUGAAGGCUUCGGGUGUGUCGAGCCUGAAAUAUAUAGGGCUACGAGGGUCGAAGCAUCGAACUUUCUUUUCCUGUCCACCCUGAAUUUGAAUAUGAUCGUGUUUAUGAAUCCUGAGACGCCGUCAAAAGCCCUGCAAGAACUCGCAUCUGCAAAUCAAAUUCAGCUCGUUCAUACGGGAUUGCAACCCUGGAUGUCAGUUGACGAUUGGAAACUCACUAGCAAGGGAAUUCUACAAGAUACGCUCAAGUAUAUUCUCGAUGACCGGAACUCUCCAAUUUUGAUACUCGACACGUUCAACUUUUUUGUCGGUGUGCUGCGCAAGGUUCAGUGUUGGUCUUAUUCCUCUAUCAUAUCUGAGUACAAAAUGUACGCUGGUGCUGCGGCACAUUACAAAACAGAAACAUUUUUAGAAAUUCUGAAGGUAAGGUGUAUCGAGCACGAAGCCGUCGAUACUCGACAUCAUGACAGUGACCCACUUAUAACUUUGAGUGGGCAGGAUCACGAAAAUCCUACCUCGCGGACUAUACCAGGCCAGCUGGUAACUUUAGUACUCCCACCGUGGUCACACCUGCCCGAAUGGUUCCAGUAUCAGUGGAGGCUUGUUCACUCCAAGAAACUACCCCAGUGA